UUUGUCACAGUGUAAGCAAAGACACUGGGGGAUAAAAUACACUGUCCUUGCUCCUCUAAAGUACACGGAAUUUACCUGUUUUACGCGGAUCUAUUCUCAUGCCAACAUUGGAUAUUUAUGAAGAACUAUAUUGGUUUAUAUACACUGUAGCUUGAGGAGAAAAAAGGAAGCAAUAAUGGAUCAGAAUCUAUUUGGUGGGGCUCCACGCUUUCUAACUCGACCUAAAGCCUUUCAACUGAGUGUGGGACGAGAUGCUUCCCUCAGCUGUACUAUCGUUGGAAACCCUGUACUUGCCGUCACCUGGGAGAAAGACAAACUGAUUCUUUCGGCAGGGGGGCGCUUCAAAACAGUUGAGGAUGGGGACGUUUAUCGACUCACUAUCUACGAUCUAACGCUAGAAGACAGUGGUCAGUACAUUUGCCGUGCCAAGAACAAUGUCGGAGAGGCGUAUGCCGCCGUUACCCUGAAAGUAGGAUUGCCGUCAGCUGUGGGAGAUCGUGCUCCAGUCUUUAUAGUGAGGCCUGUCUCCAGCCGAGUGGGUCUAGGUGGUGAUGUGACCUUCUAUUGCCGUGUUGCAGCCCAUCCAACACCAAAUUUUGACUGGGAAAAGGAUGGCCGCUACCUGAGUGAGACCAACCGCAUCAAGAUUACCUCAGAUAGCGAAUCCAGCUCCUUGCGGAUCCAAAGCGUCCGGAGCAUGGACAGUGGUUCGUACACCUGUCGUGUGCAGAACUCCAUUGGCCGUGCUCAAUCCGCUGCCGCUCUGGUGGUGGACAUGCAGGACACUCGUUCUCUCAAUGCAGACAAGAGCACAUCCCUUCUCUCGCACAUGCAGAAGCGAAAAGAAGAGAUGCGAAAGGACAUUUCCAUCUACCGCACCUCAGACAGCACCACAACCUCCUCCUCAAAAUUCUCAGAAGAACAAAGCAGCUUCGGGUCCUACGAUCAGGAGCAGAGGGUUUCAGCCUUGGCCUUGGCGAGCAUGUUGCCUAAAGGUGUGUUUACCCGCACCUGUACAGUGACAGAGGGUAAACAUGCCAAGCUCAGCUGUUUCGUCACAGGCCAUCCUAAACCACAGAUUAUCUGGCGGAAGGACGGGGUUAACAUCGGCGAGGGCCGCAGACAUGUUAUGUAUGAAGAUCAGGCAGAGAAUUUCAUCCUCAAGGUGCUCUACUGCAAGCAAAUUGAUAAUGGGCUGUAUACCUGCAAUGCAUCCAACAUGGCUGGACAGACCUACAGCGCUGUGCUAGUGACUGUUAAAGAGCCAAAGAUUCCAUUCAAGAGAAAGUUGCAGGAUGUUGAGGUAAAGGAAAAGGAAAUGGCGACUCUGCAUUGUGAGGUACCAAUGCCAAACACCAAAGCUAGCUGGUACAUGGAAGAGACUCGUCUAGAAGAAAGCUCCAAGUACCACAUGAAUGAGGAGGGCACCGUGCGCCGGCUCAUAAUUACCAACGUUACCACCAACGAUGAUGCCGUCUAUAUCUGCGAGAUGAAGGAAGGCAGUCGCACUGUGGCAGAACUAACAGUUCUGGGCAACAUCACUAAAAAGCUGCCCAGGAAGACUGUGGUGCCAGUUAGUGAUACGGUGAUCUUCUGCGUGGAACUGGAACAACCAGUAGAUGAUGCAUAUUGGACCAGGAAUGGAGAGAGGCUAAAAGAGGACUCCCGAAUUAUCAUUGCCCGCAUAAACAGACAGUACACCUUAACUAUUCGUGAAUGUACCGCGGAGGACUCGGGUGAGGUGGCCUUCAUCGCCCGUGACUGCAAGACCUCCACUCGCUUCUCUGUCACUGCACCUAGGAAACAUCCACCAGAUCCCCCAGUUGAACCAAUGGUGCGGAAUAAGACAGAUUCAUCUAUCACACUGGGCUGGUCCCCACCAGACACUGACCGGCCUGUCCCCAUUACUGGCUAUAUUGUGGAGCGCAGGAAGGUGGGAGUCCAAACCUGGGUUAAAAUCACUACUACAACUGUGACUUCCACUGAAUACACCAUUAGCAACAUCCCAGAGGAAGCAAGCUAUCAGUUCCGUAUCUCUGCAGUCAAUGAUUUUGGCCAGAGUGCUUAUCUGGAGGUUCCUGGAACAUUCUACCUUGAGCCCACAGCGUCAGUGAAGAUAGGCCUUGUAAACUGUAGUGCACAUGCUGGUGAAGAAGCUACCUUCACUGUCGAGCUGUCAGCUGUAUGUUCGGGUUCCUGGAGCAUAAAUGAUCGAAUGAUCCGUAGUGGAUCGGAGUACCUGAUCACACGUUCAAAGAACACACACACAUUGGUCAUCAGGGAGGUGUCCAUGGCACUGGAUGGGGCGCAGGUCAAAUUUGUUGGUGGUGGAUCUCAGAGCAUGGGAACACUCAGUGUAAAGGCUCCACGUGCACGCUUCAUCAACAAGUCAUCUCAAGUGGAGGUGUUUACCUUCAGUUUACAUUCCUCAGCACAGAUGUACACAGAAGUGUCCGAUUCAAGUGUCCAGGUAGUCUGGAUGAAGGACGGAAAAGAGCUGAGGAUGGGUAAAAAAUAUGAAGCAACAAGUGUGGAUUGCAAACGGAUACUAACAGUCCACAACGUUACCCAUGAAGAUGUAGGCAUCUACGAGUGCAUCUGUGAUGGUGAUAAAAUAUCUGUUCAUCUUGCCCUUAAAGAAGAACCAUCUAAGUUUGUUAACAAGCCGAGGGCCCAGUCCCAGGAGACAAAUGCUUUGAUGGGUGAUGUGGUGUUGAGCUGUGAGGUUGCUUCUUCUGGAACCACUGUUGUGUGGAAAAAAGAUCAGAAAGAAAUAAUAGAGGACACGAGGACAACCUUUGUCUCUCAGGGGACACAAAGAAAGCUGGUCAUCAAGGGUGCCAAGCAGAGCGAUGAAGGACGCUACUCAUGUGAAACGCAGGAGGACAAGAUGACAUUCCUGGUCAAAAUAAAAGAAACCCAGGCUGCUUUUUCAAAUAAAGACUCUUAUCAGAAGGAAGUCAAAGUGUCAGUUUCCCAAAAAGCCACAUUGAGCUGUGAAGUUUCUGACUCUAAGACUGAAGUGAAAUGGUUCAAGGAUGGCAAGCAGGUGUUUUCCAGUAAGAGUGUCUAUAUAGAGUCAAAGGGUAAGAGCCGUCAGCUGGUGUUGGAAAGCGUGGAGAAGAACGAUGCUGGACAAUACACCUGUGAAGUUGGAAAUGAGAAACUGGUUUUUAAGAUUCUGGUGGAAGACGUUCAAGCUGCCUUCUCCAACAAGGACACCUAUCAGAAAGAAGUCAAAGUAUCAACCUCUCAGAAAGCCACAUUGAGCUGUGAAGUUUCUGACUCUAAGACUGAGGUGAAAUGGUUUAAGGGUGGCAAGCAGUUGUUCUCCAGUAAGAGUGUCCAUAUAGAGUCAAAGGGUAAGAGCCGUCAGUUGGUGGUAGAAAGUGUGGAGAAGAAAGAUGCUGGAGAAUACACCUGUGAAGUUGGAAAUGAGAAGCUGAGCUUCAAGAUUCUGGUGGAAGACAUUCAAGCUGCAUUCUCAAACAAGGACACCUAUCAGAAAGAAGUCAAAGUGUCAGUUUCCCAAAAAGCCACAUUGAGUUGUGAAGUUUCUGACUCUAAAACUGAGGUGAAAUGGUUCAAGGAUGGCAAGCAGUUGAGCUCCAGUAAGAGUGUCCAUGUAGAGUCAAGGGGUAAGAACCGUCAGCUGGUGUUGGAAAGCGUGGAGAAGAAGGAUGCUGGACAAUACACCUGUGAAGCUGGAAAUGAGAAGCUGACCUUUAAGAUUCUGGUAGAAGAUGUUCAACCUGCCUUCUCCAACAAGGACACCUAUCAGAAAGAAGUCAAAGUGUCAGUUUCUCAAAAAGCCACAUUGAGCUGUGAAGUUUCUGACUCUAAAACUGAGGUGAAAUGGUUCAAGGAUGGCAAGCGGUUGAGCUCCAGUAGGAAUGUUCAUAUUGAGUCAAAGGCCAAGAGCCGCCAGCUGGUGCUGGAAAGCGUGGAGAAAAAAGAUGCUGGAGAAUACACCUGUGAAGCUGGAAAUGAGAAACUGGUCUUUAGGAUGAAGGUCGAAGAUGUUCAAGCUGCCUUCUCCAACAAGGACACUUAUCAGAAAGAAGUCAAAGUGUCAGUUUCCCAGAAAGCCACAUUGAGCUGUGAAGUUUCUGACUCUAAAACUGAGGUGAAAUGGUUAAAGGAUAGCAUGCAGUUAAGCUCCAGUAGAAAUGUUCAUAUUGAGUCAAAGGCCAAGAGCCGCCAGCUGGUGCUGGAAAGCGUGGAGAAGAAAGAUGCUGGAGAAUACACUUGUGAAGUUGGAAAUGAGAAACUGGUCUUUAGGAUUAAGGUGGAAGACAUUCAAGCUGCCUUCUCCAACAAGGACACCUAUCAGAAAGAGGUCAAAGUGUCAGUUUCCCAGAAAGCCACAUUGAGCUGUGAGGUUUCUGACUCUAAAACUGAGGUGAAAUGGUUUAAGGAUGGCAAGCAGUUAAGCUCCAGUAAGAGUGUCCACAUAGAGUCAAAGGCCAAGAGCCGCCAGCUGGUGCUGGAAAGCGUGGAGAAGAAAGAUGCUGGAGAAUAUACUUGUGAAGUUGGAAAUGAGAAAUUGGUCUUUAGGAUUAAGGUGGAAGAUGUUCAAGCUGCCUUCUCCAACAAGGACACCUAUCAGAAAGAAGUCCAAGUAUCAGUUUCCCAAAAGGCCACAUUGAGCUGUGUAGUUUGUGACCCUAAUACUGAGGUUAAAUGGUCCAAGGAUGGCAAGCAGUUGAGCUCCAGUAAGAAUGUCCACAUAGAGUCAAAGGCCAAGAGCCGCCAGCUGGUGCUGGAAAGCGUGGAAAAGAAGGAUGCUGGAGAAUACACCUGUGAAGCCGGAUAUGAGAAGCUGACCUUUAAGAUUCAAGUCACAGACAUUCAGCCUGCCUUCACAAACAAAGACACCUACCCAAAAGACAUCAAAGUAUCAACCUCUCAGAAAGCCACAUUAAGCUGUGAAGUUUCUGACUCUAAGACUGAGGUGAAAUGGUUCAAGGAUGGCAAGCAGUUGAGCUCCAGUAAGAGUGUCCACAUAGAGUCAAAGGCCAAGAGUCGUCAGCUGGUGCUGGAAAGUGCAGAGAAGAAGGAUGCUGGGGAAUACACAUGUGAAGCUGGAAAUGAGAAGCUGGUCUUUAAGAUAUUGGUGACAGAGCCCAAAGCAGUCUUCACCAACAAGGACACCUAUCAGAAGGAAGUGAAGGUGUCAGUUUCCCAAAAAGCCACACUGAGCUGUGAAGUUUCUGACUCUAAGACUCAGGUGAAAUGGUUCAAGGAUGGCAAACAGUUGAGCUCCAGUAAGAGUGUCCACAUAGAGUCAAAGGGUAACAGCCGUCAGCUGGAACUGGAAAGCGUGGAGAAGAAAGAUGCUGGAGAAUACACCUGUGAAGUUGGAAAUGAGAAACUGGUCUUUAGGAUUAAGGUGGAAGAUGUCCCUGCCAAAUUCCAGAAGACAUCAGUGACAAAGGAUACACUGGUAGUAGAUACAACAGAGAAGAUUGUUUUGAAAACCGAAGUGACUUCUGAGAGUUGUAAUGUCAAGUGGUUCAGGGAUGGUGUGGAAAUAAAAGAAGGAUCAAAGUAUGAGAUAAAACAAGAAGGUCGCUCACGUGUCCUUGUUGUGAAGUCUUCUGAAACCAAAGACACUGGCACGUACUCCUGCCAGACUGUUGAUGACAAGAUGGAGUUCAAGGUUCAGGUCAAAGAGACACCUUUAAAGUUUGUGGUGCCUUUGCAGCCAGUGUGUGCAGUAUUAGAAAGCACCAUGAUCCUUUCCUGCGGUCUCAACAAAGAAACAGUUAACGUUCUUUGGAGGCAAAAUGGCAAGGAAAUCAAACCCGGUGGCAGGUACAGUAUCCGUACCGAUGGCACCAACUGCAUCUUGACUGUGUCUGCUGUGACUCAGGCAGACGAAGGGGAUUACAGCUGUGAAUGCAAAGAUGACAAGACCUCUACCAAAGUUACCACAAAAGCCCCACGUCUUGUGAGGUUCACUACCAAGCUAAACAACAUGGUUGCAAAUGAAGGCAAAGAUGCUAUUUUUAAAUGCUCCAUCACACCUUCCGAUGCAUCUGUCAAAUGGCUGCGUAAUGAUGUUCCCAUCCUAGCCAGUCCUAAAUUUAAGAUUGCUCACGGAGGAAGCAGUCACUCCCUCACCAUAACGGCUGUUACUAAGGAGGAUGCAGGAGAGAUUAGUAUUGAUGCCGAAGGCAAAGUGUGCAAAGCCACACUGCAAGUACAACAGCUUCCGGUGAUCUUCAAAAAGAAGCUUGCAGAUAUUACAGUUCAGGAGCAGGAAACAGUUCGGUUCGAAGUGGAGCUCAGUAAACCCUCUACAGAUGUCAAGUGGAUGAAAAAUGGUGUGGUACUACAACCCGGUGGAAAUAUGGAGAUCCAUGUGGAUGGUGCCAAGCAGACUCUGGUCCUCAAGAGUGUGGCAUAUGGUGACAGAGGCCACUAUUCCUGCGAAACCCUGGAUGACAAGACCCAGGCCAAACUAACAGUAGAGAUUAUGAAGAUUCAGGUGGUUAAAGGCCUGAAAGAGAUGAAAGUAAAAGAAAACGAUACUGUUACAAUGGAGGUGGAGCUCAGCAAGGCUGAUGUAGAAGGUUCAUGGAGUAAAGAUGGCAAGAAACUACGGGUAGCAUCCAAUAUCCUCAUUUCAGCACUGGGCAACAAGCACAGCCUGACUAUGUCCCAGUUAAAGCUUAGUGAUGGUGGAACAAUCACAUUCCAGGCUGAGGAUGUUCAUACUUCUGGAAAACUCAUAAUUACAGAACCUGCUGCGAAAAUCCUCAGACCUCUUCAAGAUAUCAGUUGUCCAGAAAAGGAGAAAGUCACUUUUGAAUGUGAGGUGUCAAGAGCAAAUGCAGAUGUUAAGUGGUUUAAGGAUGAAGAGGAACUGAAGCCAGGAAAGAAAUAUGGCAUCCAUUCCCAAGGCAACAAACGCAGUCUACUCAUCCACAAGUGUGCCUAUGAGGACCAGGGUCAAUAUAUAUGUAAAACAACAGAUGACAACACUUCCGCCAAGCUCACUGUUCAUGCUCGCGAUAUUAAGAUCGUGAAGCCACUUCAGGAUUUGGAGGUGACAGAGAAGGAGAGUGCAUCGUUUAUCUGUGAGAUCUCUCACGAUGAGGUAGAGGCUCAAUGGCACAAAGGAGACACAAAACUCAAAGCUGGAGACAACAUAAAGAUGAGGCAGGAGGAUAGGACAUACGUUCUGCUCUUUAAAUCUGUGAAGGCUGAGGAUGCAGGCGUGGUAAAGUUCACAGCUGAGAAGGCAUCAUCGACUGCUAAACUGACAGUUAAAGAGCUGCCUGUGAGAUUUGUGAAGAAACUGAGGGAGAAAAUCGCCAUGUACAAACACAAAGCGUACUUAGAGUGUCAGGUGUCACGGGCCAGUGCUAAAGUCACAUGGUACAAGAACAAGACUCAGAUUAAACCCAGCAAGAAGCAUGAGAUUACCAGUGAGGACAUCUACAGGAAGCUCACCAUCAUUGACGUGGACUCAGAUGAUGAGGAUACAUACACGUGUGAUGCCAUUGAUGAUAAGACGUCAUGUCAACUGCUUGUAGAGGAGCAAGCGAUCAGCAUAGUACGAGAGCUGAGUCCUGUAGAGGUGACAGAGCCCUUUGCCGCCCAUUUCGAGGUGGAGGUGAGCGUGGAGACGGUUAAGCCAGUGAAGUGGACACUAAAUGGGGAACAGCUGAAGGAGAGUGCGGAUAUCGAGAUAGAGAAAGAAGGAACCAUGCACCGCCUUACUUUUAAGAAGACCAAAGUCGCCAUGUCGGGCACUGUACAGUUCACUGCUGGCAAAAGCAAAUCUACAGCUGAGCUCAAAGUGAAAGAGCGUCCUAUUGAAGUCUUGGAGCCACUCAAAGAUGCGAUAGCGAAAGAGAAGACAUCUAUUACAUUGUGCUGUAAAUUUUCUGCCCCACCAAAAGAAGUGCAGUGGUUUAAGGGCCAAACUGCUUUGAAGGCUUCUAGCAAGUAUAUAAUCAGGCAAAAGGACGCCAGUUUGCAGCUGACCAUCCAGACCUUGAGCGCAGAGGACUCUGGGGAGUAUCGUUGUCGGGUUGGGGUCUGUGAGACCAAAGCCAGUCUCAAAGUAGAAGUGCGUAAAAUCCAGAUCACAAAGCAUCUAGCAGACCUAGAGAUAGAUGAAGAUGGCGAUGCAGUGUUCACAUGUGAAGUCAACUAUCCUGAUGAGGAGGUCCAGUGGAUGCUCGAUGACAGACCACUCUUCAACAAUGAUGUCAAUUCCAUCACCCAUGUGGAUAAGACCCAUACCCUUACUCUCAAGAACCUUGCCCCUAAGGAUGGUGGGAAGGUCUCCAUCAGCGUAAGAGAUGUGACAGAAACAGCCCUGCUAAAGGUUAAAGAGAAGAAGGCUGUAUUCCUGAAGUCGCUGGACGAUGUGGUUGCAGAGGAGAAGGGUACAGUUACUCUCAAGUGUGAAGCCUCAAAACCCAGGGUUGCCCCUGUGUGGCGUAAAGAUGGUACAGUCCUAGAAGCAGGCAAAAAGUAUGAGCUUCUCCAUGACGGCAAGACCUUGGGAUUGAUUGUCCAUGAGAUCACUCAAGCUGAUGCUGGGGAGUACAGUUGUGAUCUUGGCACAGAUCUAGCCAAGUCAAAAAUCACUGUUAGAGAUAUCCAAAUCGGAAUUACCAAGCGUCUGAAGUCAGUAGAAGCCAAAGCAGGUGAAAGCUGCACAUUUGAGUGCAUCUUGUCCAGGGAAAGCUCAGAAAAGUGUACCUGGAGUCUAAAAGGCCAACCUAUUACUGAUGGCGGACGGUUUCAAAUAAGCAGCAGAGGACGCAAAUACACCUUAACAAUCAAAGGAGUCUCAGCUUCUGACUCUGGUGAGCUGAUCUUUUCCCUCAAGGACUUGAGCUCAAAGGCAACUCUGUCUGUUGAAGGUGAAGCUCCUACUAUUUACAAAGAGCUUCAAAGUGUCAGUGUCAAAGCUGGUGAAGAUGCCACAUUCUCCUGUGAACUUUCUCAACCUGGACUGGAGGUGAAGUGGUCCAAGGAUGGCAAGUCUAUAAGGAAGAGCCAGAAAUAUGAGAUCAGCCAGGCACAGACACUCGUAAAGCUGACUGUCCGCAAUGUCACUGACAAAGAUGCUGGGGAAUACAGCUGUGAAGUUGCUGGUGGUCCAACCUCAAAGGCUAAACUUGAAAUCAAAGAAAUGGCCAACAAAUUUAUUUGUGAGCUAAACGAUGCCACAGCGGAAGAGAAAAGUACAAUCUCUGUUGAAUGCGAGACCGCCCACCCUGCCUCUAAAGUCACCUGGCUGAAAGGAAAGAAGGAGAUCGUGACAGGAGGAAGGUACGAGCUGAUACAAAAGGGGACGGUCCUCAUCCUCAAAGUGAAGGAUCUUGAGAAGAGCGACAGUGAGGUAUACACCUGUGACAUUGGCUCUGCGAAGACUACAGCAAAGUUAACGGUAAAAGUGGUACCUGCAAAGUUCAAAGAGCAGCUGAAGAACCAACAGGUUACAGAGGGUGGGAAAGUCUUGCUUUCCUGUGUGCUCUCAAAACCCGGCUGCCAAGUGCAGUGGAAGAAAGGAGGCGAAAGUCUUAAACAUGGUGGCAGAUAUAAGAUAACACAAAAGGACACCGUGUUUGAGCUAGAGAUUUCAGAUUUAGUGAUCGAGGAUACUGGAGAAUAUGUCUGUGAAUGUGGAAACGAGAGGACAACAGCAAAUGUUGUUGUCAACGCACUACCAGUGGUCUUCAAGCAUGAACUACAGAGCCAGGAGUGUGACGAAGGAGACAGUGUUACACUAUGUUGUGAACUCUCUAAACCUGGAGUUCCUGUGGUAUGGAGGAAAGGAACACAGGUGAUCCAUUCUGGAGAAAAGUACUCCACCAAACAAGCUGGACCAAUUGUUGAGCUGAAGAUUGUUGAUCUUAAACCUGAAGAUGCUGGACAAUACACAUGUUUAUGUGGGGACAAAAAAACAACAGCAAACGUUAAGAUCAAGGAACUGCCAGUGGUCUUCACACAUGAGCUGAAGAACCUGGAGUGUGAUGAGGGAGGCAGUGCUACCCUGUCCUGUGAACUUUCCAAACCUGGCGUCCAUGUGCAAUGGAAAAAAGGAAGCCAGGUUAUCCAGUCUGGAGGGAGGUACAUCAUUAAGCAAACUGCAUCAAAGGUGGAGCUAAAAAUCAAUGAUCUUAAACCUGAUGAUGAAGGAGACUACACAUGUGUGUGUGGAGAUAAGAAAAGCACAGCCAAUAUGAAGAUCAAGGUGCUGAAGGCUUCGUACAAACCAGGACUUCAAAAGCAGUCAACUGAAGAGGCAUCAGUCAGUGUUCCAAAGUUCCUCACUGCAUCUGCUGCCCCUGAAACAGACACCACGUAUCAGAAGAGAGAAAAGCAGGAACAACUUAGUGUUCCAAAGUUGCUCACUACAUCUGCUGCCCCUGAAACAGACACCACGUUUCAGAAGAGAGAAAAGCAGGAACAACUCAGUGUUUCAAAGAUCCUCACUCCAUCUGCUGCCCCUGAAACAGACAUCCAGAAGCAAGAAAGGGAGAAGAAGGAACAACUUGGUGUUCCAAAGUUCCUCACUCCAUCUGCUGCCCCUGAAACAGACAUCAAGAAGCAGGACAGAGAGAAGCAGGAACAACCCAGUGUUCCAAAGUUGCUCACUCCAUCUGCUGCCCCUGAAACAGACACCACGUAUCAGAAGAGAGAAAAGCAGGAACAACUCAGUGUUCCAAAGUUCCUCACUCCAUCUGCUGCCACUGAAACAGACAUCCAGAAGCAGGAGAGAGAGAAACAGGAACAACCCAGUGUUCCAAAGUUCCUCACUCCAUCUGCUGCCCUUGAAACAGACACUACGUAUCAGAAGAGAGAAAAGCAGGAACAACUCCGUGCUCUCCCAGUUCAAUUCAUGCAAGAACUUCUAAACCAAACAUGUGAUGAAGGCGGCAGUGUAACUCUGCACUGUGAACUCUCAAAACCUGGGGUUCCCGUGGUAUGGAGAAAAGGAAAACAGGUGAUCCAUUCUGGAGGAAAAUACCACAUUGUGCAAGAUGGGUCUACUGUUGAGUUGAAGAUCACUGAUCUAAAACCUGAAGACACUGGAGACUAUGCCUGUGAUUGUAAAGACAACAUCAGCACAGCUAAAAUCAAAGUCAAUGCCUUACCAGUGGUCUUCAAGCAAGAGCUACAGAACCAGGAAAUUCAGGAGGGGGACAGUGUUACUUUGCAAAGUGAACUUUCUAAACCUGGGGUGCCUGUUGUAUGGAGGAAAGGAACCCAGGUGAUCCAUUCAGGAGGAAAGUACCUCAUCAAGCAAGUUGGGUCUAAUGUUGAGUUGAAGAUCACAAAUCUCAAACCUGAAGAUUCUGGAGACUAUGUUUGUGAUUGUGGAGACAACACCACCACGGCUAAAAUCAAAGUCAAUGCAUUACCAGUGGACUUCAAGAAUGAGUUACAUAACCAGGAGGUUCAAGAAGGGGACAGUGUUACUCUGCACUGUGAACUCUCAAAACCUGAAGUUCCUGUGGUAUGGAGGAAAGGAACACAGGUGAUCCGUUCUGGAGGAAAGUAUGUCAUCAAGCAAGCUGGGCCUACUGCUGAGCUUAAGAUUACUGAUCUUAAACUUGAAGAUGCUGGAGACUAUGCCUGUGAUUGUGGAGACAACGUCACCACAGCCAACAUCAAAGUCAAUGCAUUGCCAGUGGUCUUCAAGCAUGAGUUACAUAACCAGGAGGUUCAAGAGGGAGACAGUGUUACUCUGCACUGUGAACUCUCAAAAUCUGGAGCUCCUGUGGUAUGGAGGAAAGGAACACAGGUGAUCCAAUCUGGAGGAAAGUAUGUCAUCAAGCAAGCUGGGUCUAUUGUUGAGCUGAAGAUCCUUAAUCUUGCAUCUGAGGAUGCUGGAGACUAUGUAUGUGACUGUGGAGACAACAUCAGCAGUGCCAACAUCAAAGUCAAUGCAUUGCCAGUGGUCUUCAAGCAUGAGUUACAUAACCAGGAGGUUCAAGAGGGAGACAGUGUUACUCUGCACUGUGAACUCUCAAAAUCUGGAGCUCCUGUGGUAUGGAGGAAAGGAACACAGGUGAUCCGUUCUGGAGGAAAGUAUGUCAUCAAACAAGCUGGCUCUAUUGUUGAGCUGAAGAUUCUUAAUCUUGCAUCUGAGGAUGCUGGAGACUAUGCCUGUGAUUGUGGAGACAACAUCAGCACUGCCAACAUCAAAGUCAAUGCAUUGCCAGUGGUCUUCAAGCAUGAAUUACAUAACCAGGAGGUUCAAGAGGGGGACGGUGUUACUCUGCACUGUGAACUCUCAAAACCUGGAGUUCCUGUGGUAUGGAGGAAAGGAACACAGGUGAUCCAUUCUGGAGGAAAGUAUGUCAUCAAGCAAGCUGGGGCUACUGCUGAGCUUAAGAUUACUGAUCUUAAACUUGAAGAUGCUGGAGACUAUGCCUGUGAUUGUGGAGAUAAUGUCACCACAGCCAACAUAAAGAUUAAUGCUCUUCCAGCCAUUUUUACACAAGACUUGAGGAACCAGACAGCUGUUGAAGGAAACAGCAUCGUCUUCCAGUGUCAGCUCUCCAAACCAGACGUUACCGUUGAGUGGCGCAGGGGUGAAAUUGGCCUGUGUCCCUGUGCAAAAUAUGAAUUCAAGCAUGAUGGCCACCACGUUCAGCUGGUCAUACAUGAUCUUGACCCUUCUGACUCUGGUGACUACAUUUGUGACAGUGGAGAUCAGCAAAGCCAUGCACAUCUUGAAGUAAAGGCUCAGCCGGUUCUUUUUAAAACGGCUCUGGAAAAUCUGGAAACUGAGGCUGAGGGAAAUGCAGUUUUUAGAUGCGAACUUACCAAACCUGGAGCCAAAGUCACCUGGAGGAAAAACAAUCAUGUAAUUGAACCAGGAAGCAAAUAUCAACUCAAACAGGAUGGGGCAGAGGCCGUUCUUACUAUCUACAAACUGCAAGGAGGAGACUCUGGAGAAUAUUCCUGUGAGACAGAACAUGAUCGGACGUCUGCCAAACUCAAUGUGAACGAGCCUGAAAUCGUGGUCUUAACUGGUCUGAAGAGCUGCAUUGUCAAUGAAGGUGAGGAUGUCCAUUUUGAAUGCCUUGUCUCUCAUGACAAUGCACCCAUUGUUCAGUGGACACUUCAAGACAUUCCACUUCAGAACAAUGAGAUGAAUGAAAUCCGAAAAGAGGGCAAAAGACACACGCUCACACUACGAGGGGUCACCCAGAAGGACUCAGGGACAGUGUCCUUCCAUGUGGGUUCCCACACUUCUUUCGCUUGUCUUACGGUCAAAGCAAUCCCUGUGCAAACAUUUGUGAAGGACUUGUCAAGCCAAGAAGUCGAUGAAGGAGACAAUGUCACAUUAUGUUGUGAGACUUCAAUCCCAGAUGGAAAUGUGACCUGGAAAAAAGGAACACGAGUCCUAUCCGAUGGACAGAAGUAUUCUAUAAAGAGGCAAGGCACAAUUCAAACCUUGGUGAUCCAUAAGCUAUCUGUAGAAGAUGGUGGAGAGUACAUAUGUGAAGCUGGAGACAAACAGAGCAAAGCCACACUGACCGUUAAAGAGUAUGUAAAAAUCACACAAGAAUUAAAGGAUGUGACUGUGAUAACGGGCGAAGAUGCAGUCUUCAAGUGUGAAGUGUCCCAUUCAGGGAUUACGAAUGUCGAGUGGUGGCUUGGCUCCAACCACCUUCAAAACAAUGACUUGAAUCAAAUCAGCUGCAGAGGAAGGGAACACAGCCUAGUGCUGAAAAUGGUCACACCAGAUGAUUCAGGCGAUGUAGCUUUUGUGGUUGGUCAAGAGAAGAGCGUCGCCUACUUGAUGGUUCAGGAGAAACCCAAAGUCGUAUUCUUAGAGAAGCCUCUGGACAUAACUGCCAACGAGGGUCAAACAGUCACCUUAUCCUGCAUGACCUCCGACCCUGAGGCCUCUGUCACCUGGUACAGAGAUGAGGAGACGAUAAAGGCAGGGAGCAGGUUUCUGCUUUACAAGGAUAGAGCUGUUCAUCAACUCCGCAUCCUUAGGGUGGAGGAAGGAGAUGCAGGGCUGUAUACUUGCAAAACCAAAGAUGCAGAAAGCUGCGCCACCCUUACUGUAAAAGAACAACCUGCGUUCUUCCGCAAGGAAUUAGAAAACCAGAAGGCAACAGAGGGAGAUAGCAUAUCCUUGCGCUGUGAGCUCUCUAAGCCGGGUAAAAAAGUAGAGUGGAGAAAGAGUGGAGUGGUGCUUUAUCCCAGUAGGAAAUAUGAAAUGAUACAGGAAGGAUGUGUACUGGAGCUCCAUGUCCAUGAUCUGGAUCCAGAGGACAAUGGCUACUACACAUGUGAUGCUGGAGACCAGUUGACCACAGCAUCAGUCACAGUCCAAGAGACUGAGGUCCUCAUAGUGUCGGGUAUAAAGAAUACAGAUGUGUUUGUGGGCGAACAGGCAGUUUUCUCCUGCCAGCUCUCUCGCCGUGCAAAAGGCAGAGUUCAGUGGUGGCUAGACGGCACUCGUUUGGAGAACAAUACCUUCAGUGAGAUAAGUGUAGGUGAAGAUCAUGUCCACACCCUUACCCUAAGGAACCUCUCUCCUAAUGACUCGGGAACAGUCCUGUUCAAAACGGGUGCCCUGACAUCCUCUGCCAAGCUGUUAGUGAAAGAUCCCAAUGUGGAGGUGGUCAGUGCCAUGGAGGACCAACAUGUAGCAGAGAACCAGCCUGCAGAGUUCAUCUGUCAGUACUCCCGACCAGUCAAGGCUGUAUGGAAGCAAAAUGGCUUACCUGUGCAAGCCGAUGGUCGCAGGGUAAUAGUGGAACAGGACUGGACAGUUGCGCGGUUGUACAUUAGCUGUGUGGAACCCCAGGAUGGGGGACUUUACUCCUGUGAGGCAGAAGGGACUUCUGUGGUGGCGCACCUAAGGGUGCAAGCCAAACCCAUUGAAAUUGUCCAGGAACUGAGUAAUGUAGAGACCAUUAAUGGCGGGGAAGUACUUUUUGAAUGUGCCUUAUCUCGCCCUGAAAUCAAAGACUGCCGGUGGCUACUCAAUGACCAGCCUCUGAAGGAGUCUGCAAAUGUGGAGAUAGUUUCUUUUGAGAGUGGUCGGCGCCAUCUUCUGCUUUUAAAAGACGUGCAUCCUUGUGAAAAUACAAGAGUUACAUUCCAAGCUGGCACAGCAACAACUACUGCCCUUCUGUCUGUUAAAACCUGGCAAGUGAAGGUGGUCAAGCCUUUGGAGGAUAAGACGGCCAUUGCAGGAGAGCAAGUGGAGUUCACUUGUGUUUUGAAUGAAGCUGUGCCAGAAAGUGAAGUGACUUGGUAUGCUAACAGUGUUGAACUUCAACGUGAUGACAGCUGGACCAUGAGAGUCAGUGGCUCUUCAUACAGCCUUAUCUUGAAGAAAGCAAAUGCUCAGCCAACACAGGAAAUCACUUUUGCAGCUCGUGAUGCUUUAUCAAUGGCCAAACUCACCGUAAUAACUGUGCCUGAUCCACCUGAAGACCCAGAGUUGGUCAGUAAAGGCCCAACUUUCGUUACACUUUCUUGGUUUACCCCCCUCAAUGAUGGUGGAAGCCCAAUCCUGGGUUACCGUGUAGAGAUGCGUCUUGUAGACAGUGUCCUCUGGCUGCCCUGCCAUACAGAACCAGUGUGCAACACUGAAUUUCUGGUUGAGAACCUCAUUCCAGGAGCAGGUUACAGGUUCCGUGUUGCAGCAAUUAAUCGUGCUGGCAUUGGUGAACCCGUCCAAUUACCUCAAACUGUAAAACUUGAUGCACCAGUGACCAUGACCAAAAUGUUAGGCAGCUCUGAGCUCCAAAAAGGGAAGAUAGUUCGUUUGGAAUGUGAACUUUCUGCAGAGAACAAACCAGUCACAUGGCUCAAAGACAACAGAGAGAUAGAGGUUGGGGUCAAGUACCAAGUAGUUACAGAUGGCAAGAGCCAAGUUUUGCUCAUAAAGGACUUUCAGUCUGCAGACCAGGGUGCCUAUUCUUGUGUGGCCUCAGAGGAGGCAAAGACCUCACUCAACCUUAACCUUAAAGAUAACACAACAGUUUCUGAAGAUGUGGGUAGCCAACCCACACUACCUCCUGAAGCUGCUUCUGAGGGAGAUUUGCACGAUCUGUGGGAGGCGGUGGCCAAGAAGCGAAGAAUGAGCAGAGAACCCACAUUAGAUUCGAUUUCGGAGCUGCCAGAAGAAGAUGGAAAAGAAAAGGCAAAAGGGGGUAAAGUACCUGAGAAAGAAGUAAAAGAGAAGGAGAGACCUGUUGAAGCACCUCCCAAAUUAAAACCAGAGCCUAAUCUCUACACCAGUUCUGAUGAAGACUCUCUCAGUGGGACAAGCCUGGUGUCUUACCUUAAGAAAACCAGCAAAUCUUCUGGAGCUGUGGAAAGUUCCACUGAGACUAGCGCCUCCAAGAAACUGUUUGAGCACUUCCAAAUGACUGAGCAGUCAGCUUCACAGACAACUGUGGAGCCCCUCAUGGAGGCUAAUAAAGGCGAUGAAUUGCUGGAUGCUGCUGUCAAAAUUCAAGCAGCCUUCAAAGGUUAUAAGGCCAGGAAAGACAUGCGACCAGUCUUUAAAGAAGUAUUCAAAGAUCAGACAAAAGAGCCCAAUGGGACUAUUCAUCUAGAGUGCAUUGUGGAAGGAAAGCCUGAAAAAGUUCGCUGGCUGAAAGAUGGUGAACCCUUAACAGAUGGCAAGCACUACCAUAUAGACAUCUAUAACGAUGGCACCUGCUCUCUAGUAGUGACAGCUGCCACGACUAAAGAUACAGGUGUUUACACUUGUGAAGUCACCAAUAAAUUUGGCGUGUCAACACACAGUGGGAAAGUCACUGUGGGUACAUCGAGAGAAUCUUCUGGGCGACGACCACUAACAUUGGGCUACAGUGCAGAUAGUGAACCUGAGAGCUCCUCAGGAAGCGAGAUGGAUGAGACUUUACGUCAGGCAAGCAAGCGUUUACGCCGGCUUUUGCGUACCCGUCUUCCUCCAGAUGUGGAGGAGGAACCUUUUGUGAGUGCUGAUGAAGGAGAUCUACCACCACCAGAUCUACAGUCAUACCGGGAAGAUGACCAGUAUAUCUACAUUCGCUUUGAUAAUUGUAGUGAAGCUCAAGUGGCUUCUCAGCGCUUCCAGGAAAUGUUUACUUAUCAAGGAGUGCCCAUUGAAACUGCCAUAAUAGAAGCAGGCAUUAAGGUAGAGCUGCGUAUCACAAAGAUGGGCGCAUCACAAGACGGCUCCCUAACCCCAACUCAGGAAAGUCCAACGCCUGGUUUCGUAACAGCACCUCCUGCGGCCCCCAUCUUCCUUACGGAGCUCCGAAGCCAGGAUGUUCCGGAUGGAUUUCCAGUCAGUUUUGACUGUGUGAUCACUGGCAAGCCCCAUCCCACGGUGCGAUGGUUCAAGGAUGGAAAGCUGUUGGAAGAGAAUGACCACUACAUGAUCAAUGAAGACUUGGAUGGCCGCCAUCAGCUUAUUAUCACAGCUGUUCUCCCCACAGACAUGGGCGUAUACCGAUGCAUGGCUGAAAAUGACAGUGGCAUCGCCUCCAGCAAGGCUGAGCUAAGGGUGGACAUGUCAUGCAGUUCAGAUUAUGACACGGCAGCUGAUGCCACAGAAACAUCGUCAUAUGUCAGUGCUAAAGGUUAUGUGUCUAGCUCAGAGCACAGAGACACAGAGGCCUUUGAGUCGGUAGCAGAGGAUGAACAGCUUCCCCAGGUUGUGGAUGAGUUACAUGAUCUUAUCCUCAGUCCUGGCGCACCAAUUGCCAAAUUGAGUGUUACAGUCAAAGGAUUUCCUACUCCAAGGGUUUAUUGGUUCAAAGAUGGCACCCCAAUUCAAGCAUCCAGCAGAAUUUCUUUGUCAUCCAAGCGAGAUGUGCACAGUCUUGAGAUUUUGGAUGUUAACCGCGAGGACAGUGGAGAGUACUCGGCAUACAUUAGCAAUAUUGCUGGCUCCGCCUAUUCUUCAGCGAGAUUAAGUGUAUUGGGUCCUGGUGAGCGCCUAAUGCCUGAACAAGUAAAAAUGAGAGAAUCAAAGGUGCCACUUGUGCCACCACGCUUCCUAGAGAGGUUCAGCAACAAGAAGGUGAAACAAGGAGCAAGUAUAACGCUGUCAGCCAAAGUGGAAGGUUCCCCGACUCCAUCGGUGAACUGGUUAAAGGAAGUGUCAGAGAAAGAUGUUUUGUGGAUCAAGGCAGACACACCAGGUUACAAGGUGGCCAGUUCUGGUCGUCAGCAUAGUCUAAUCCUCAUGGAAGUGGGAAAGGAACACAGUGGCAUGUAUACCUGCAUUGCCACCAACCGUGCUGGACAGUCGGUCAACACGGCCAGACUGGACGUUGAGCCUGCACCAGAACAAAAGGGCAAAGUGGGACCAGAGGUUCUUGGAAUUACCAUCAGUCCACCUCACGAAGGAGAGAUCAAACUACCUUACAUGGGUGAAGUGGGUUCAGAGGAAUUUCUACAAAAGCUCACAACGCAAAUCACAGAAAUGGUAUCCGCCAAGAUCACUCAAGGGUCAUUACGUGUCCCAGGAGCAGACAGUGAUGAUGAAACAAAAACACCUUCCCCAUCUCCAUACCACGGCCGGUCACGCCCCGCUUCCCUCAUCGCAGACUCAUCAUCCGAGUCUGAUGAAGGAGAUGCCAGAGGAGAGAUGUUUGAUAUAUAUGUGGCGACUGCUGACUAUACCCCUAUGGGCAUCAGUAAAGAGGCCAUCGCUCUGAAAGAGGGCCAAUAUGUAGAGGUUUUGGAUUCUGCUCAUCCACUUAAAUGGCUGGUUCGCACCAAACCAACCAAAUCCACCCCAUCUCGGCAGGGAUGGGUGUCACCUGCAUAUCUCGACAAGAGAUUGAAGCUGUCUGCAGAUACAACAGACCUUCCAGAAACCACCAAAGAGGAAGUCACCGAGACAGAAUACAAGAAGAAACUCUGUCAACUCAUUCAGGAGCUGAUCAACACAGAGUCUGAGUUUCUGAAGGAAGUCGAGUUCUUCACAUCACACCAUCUGAAGCAUGUUGAAGAAGAGAGCGCACCACCUCAUAUCGCCAGCCAGAAGGAAACCAUCUUCCGGAACAUCAACGAUUUGAAAGCUUUCCACAGCAGCUCUUUGUUGCCUGGUCUGCGAGAGUGCGACACAGAUGAUGACGUCGCUAUGCAUCUACUGAAAAACUCUGAAGGUUUUGAGAAAUAUCUACAAUACCUCACUGGACAGACCCAAGCUGAGUCCAUCAUCAGUGAGAAAGAUGUGUAUCAAUACUUUAAGGAUUAUACAGUCACUGAGUUGGCAAAUGUCGACCCUUCUGAAGGUCCUGUGUUGAGUAUAAAUGCUUAUGUUGAGAGACCGCUGGAGAGAAUUCAAAAAUACAGAGCUUUGCUGAAGGACAUGAUACGGAACAAAGCGAGGAACGGUCAGAACUGCUGCUUGCUGGAGCAGGCCUACGCCAUGGUGUCAUCUCUUUCCCAACGCUCGGAGAACACGCAUCACGUGUCCCUCAUAGAGAAUUACCCCGCCAAUCUGGAAGCACUGGGAGAACCUAUUAGACAGGGGCCUUUUAUUGUUUGGGAAGGCGCUCCUGGAGUUCGGACAUCAUCUAGAGGUCAUCACCGUCAUGCCUUCCUUUUCAAAAACCAUGUGGUCAUCUGCAAGCAGAAGAGAGAGACAAGCACAGACAGGCAAACAUAUGUCUUCAAGAACAUGAUGAAGCUCACAAACAUUGAUGUGAAUGAGACUGUGGAGGGAGAUGAGAGAGCGUUUGAGAUCUGGCACGAGCGAGAGGAUUCGGUGAGAAAAUACACACUGCAGGCUCGAACCGUUAUCCUGAAAAACUCCUGGCUCCGUGACCUCCGGGAUCUUCAGCAACGCUAUAGCAUGCCAACGUGGUGCCCUCCAGAUUUUGACUCGGUGCUAACCGAUUUCACGGCAGAACUUGGACAGACGAUUAAACUCGCCUGUAAGGUCACCGGUGUUCCCAAACCACAGGUCACCUGGUAUAAAGAUGGGCGUCCUGUACAGGUGGAUCCUCAUCACAUCAUCAUCGAGGAUCCUGACGGCUCCUGCACGCUUAUAUUAGACAACAUGACGGCAAACGACUCGGGACAGUACAUGUGCUUUGCCACCAGCUCUGCGGGCAACGCCAGCACACUCGGCAAAAUCACUGUACAGGUUCCUCCACGAUUUGUGAAUAAGAUCAGGAAUGCCACCCUUAUUCCAGGAGAGGAUGCUCAGUUUAGCAGUGUCAUUCAAAGUGCACCAAGUCCCAAGAUAAGAUGGUUUAAGGAUGGUAAACUACUGACGGACCAGGAGAAGUAUCAGACGUACAGUGAAUCCCGAAGUGGAGUUCUGGUUCUGGUUAUUAAGAACCCUGGAGAACGAGACCUGGGACAAUACGAGUGUGAGCUGUCGAACCGUCUGGGCAGUGCCAGGUGUGCAGCUCAGCUCGUCACUCCUGCUGUGGCGAUGGCUGAAAAACGGAGAGGGGAUCAGGCCAUCUCUAUAGAAGUAAUGGAGCAGGAGACGAAAGGGCCGAAGAAAACCAUAAUUAUUGAGGAGACCAUCACCACCGUGGUGAAGAACACUCGCAUGAAACGUCACGCCUCGCCCCGACCCUCCCCUAUGGGUGCUCUCCGUUCUGAGACAUCCACACCCGAAGCGCCCAGACAGAGACGACCACCAGCUAGAAAGACCGUUCCGACCGUAUAUGUCCAGGAGCCUGAAGGAGCCACAGCCAGGAACCCUAAAUGGGUGGAGGUGGAGGAGAUAAUCGAGUAUAAAGUGAACAAAUCACCUAGGCUACAAAGAAGAAGGGGUGUCUCCCCAGGCAAGCGCUCACCACUUGUAAAUCCAAACACUAAUAACUCCAACAACAAGUUAGUGGAGUCUGAAAUGACUUUACAAGCUUCUCCUGGAACGAAUGAAGAAGACACUUCACCAGAUGUGUCGGAAGUAACAACCGGCGUUGACGAUAUGCUGACAACAUACAUGCCAAAUAGCGAAGAAAUCUCCGAUCUAGAUGGUGACGAUGACGAAACCAUUGUCCUGGAACCAGAAGAUGAUCAGGAUGAGCUCGGUGCACGAGAUUGCAAAAUCCUGACUCAUGGGAAUCAAGUUCUCACCCUUGAAGAUCUCGAGGAUUACGUCCCUCAGGAAGGUGAAACUUUUGGAAGCGUUACAGACCAGCAUGGAGCCGUUGAGACGCCCUGUGAGAUCUCCGUCUUGCAGAGGGAAAUAAAUGAACCUGUCAUCGGCAAACCCGUUCUGUUGAACGUAGGCCGCCCCGUGGCACCCGUAAGGCCUCGCAUGGGCUUCUUCGGCUCCUUCAGGGAGCACAUUUCCAGCAUGUUUACAGCAGGUGCUUCGGCAAGCGGGGGCUCUCGGCUGAAGCGAGAGAAGACCAUACCCAUUCGAGUGAUGGGAGAAUCUUCAUCCAGCUUUGCGAGGCUCGAGGUCAAGCCGAAGUACUGCUCGGAGGUUCAGAGAGGAAAGGAAGGAGGCCAGCAAAGCUUUAAAACACAGGUUUCUGCACAAACCCGCAGCUACCAACCAACCGAAGUUACUCUUCAGAUCCCACAGAGGAACCCAUUUGACAAGCAGUAGUCAGGGAGGAAUCCGGAGAAACUGUAGAAGUAAUCUUCUUGUCCUUCUUUAAUGCUUGUCCUCCAGCAUACAACAUCUGGACAUAUAGUAGCUGGGAUCGUCCUUUGUCAAAUUUUGCCUAAAGGUCUGGGAGUAAACAUCAAUCACAAGGCUCAUUCCAUUUUAAAGCAACUCUUAUUUCAAGGGUUCAGUUGCCAAACUCACCUAUAUAUCAUAUUCAAGACUUUCUGAUGACUUGAGUUUCCUCAAGCGUGUUAUCCAAUAUGCAGCUGCGCUUGGGAACAGUGGGCAGUUUGAUAUAUGUGAACAUGCAAAUAUGGACGAUACAACUAAGGAUAGACUCCUGACAAACUCCUAAGAAAUACUCUUGGAAGUAAAGCAGUAUCUAUGCAUAUUAAUAGAAUUUCCAAAGACAAUUUAAUAAGAGAGUUAUUUCCAGCCUGAUCUCAGGAAUUUGUACGUAUUUUACGAAUUGGCUUAUUUGCAUGAAUUCGUACAAAGUGAAUUGUACAAAAACAAAAGCCUGAUUUCAGAAAUUCCUACGGAUUUUAUGAGUGGCUAAUUCUUAUAAAUUCGUACAAAGUGAAUUGUAUAAAAACAAAAGACUGAUCUCGGGAAUUAUGGACGUAUUUCACGAAUUGGCUUAUUUGCAUGAAUUCGUAAAAAAAAUUCAUGCAAAUUCCUACGCAUUUUAUGAGUUGGCUAAUUCGUAUAAAUGCGUACGAAGUGAAUCGUACAAAAACAAAAGCCUGAUCUCAGGAAUUUGUACGUAUUUUACGAGUUGGCUAAUUCGUACUAAGUGAAUCGUACAAAAACAAAAGCCUGAUCUCAGCAAUUCGUACAUAUUUUACAAAUUGGCUAACUCAUAUAAAUUCCUGCGAAGUGAAUCGUACAAAAACAAAAGCCUGAUCUCAGGAAUUUGUAUGUAUUUUACGAGUUGGCUAAUUCGUAUGAAUUCGUACGAAGUGAAUCGUACAAAAACAAAAGCCUGAUCUCAGGAAUUUGUAUGUAUUUUACGAGUUGGCUAAUUCGUAUAAAGUGAAUCGUACAAAAACAAAAGCCUGAUCUCAGGAAUUCGUACAUCUUUUACGAGUCGAGUAAAACGUAUGAAUUCAUACGAAGUGAAUCAUACAAAUACAAAAGCCUGAUCUCAGGAAUUCGUACAUCUUUUACGAGUCGAGUAAAACGUAUGAAUUCAUACGAAGUGAAUCAUACAAAUACAAAAGCCUGAUCUCAGGAAUUCGUACAUCUUUUACGAGUUGGGUAACUGGUAAAAAUUUAUACGAAUUGAAUCGAACAAAAACAAAAGCCUUAUCUCAGGAAUUCGUAUGUAUUUUACAAGUUGGCUAAUUCGUAUAAAUUUGUAUGAAGUGAAUUGUACAAAAAGUUCAAUUAUUAUAAAGAACAAUAAUGAAACCCCACCCCAACGUCAUAGCGGCAAAAGCAAAUCGUAUAAAAACAGGUGUGGUCUUAUGAAUUAGCCACCUCAUAAAAUACGUACGAUUUGCCAUGAGAUUGCAUUGUUAUUUCUGUGCUUAACAUACAUUGUUUGAGAGUAUUUAUUUUGACGGCCAACAUCUCUUAAACCAAGAAAUUUGUAAGCUUUUUUUGGUUUAAUAUAAAUAUAAAUUUAAGGUCUGUGUUGCUGUGUGUGAUGCACCAGGUAGUACCAAGACCUUGAAGAUUUCAUCUUGCACUGAAACAUUUAACAUUUUAGUUUUACUAUAAGCAUGUGUUCAUGUGAACGUAUGGGGUUUUGUAGCCUUACAAAGAUUAUUUGACGUUAACCUUAAGAACCAUGUAACACAAAAUUGAUUUUAUGACUUUAGAUUUAUUUUAAAAAGUAUUUCUUGUGCAACAUGAUUUAAUGCACAUAGUAUUUACAAGAUUGAAAAGGUUUGGAGAUGCAGUUUACUGGAGUAAUGACUAGUAUAUAAAACUUGUUUGAAUAAUAGAAACAAAUAUUUAUUUUGUGUCAACCCAAAUGUGUGCGUGUAACAUAAUUUAUAUGGUUUCAGUGGGUCUGCAGUUUUGGAUAACGUAAAAUAAAUUAAACCUAAUAAACUUAAAUUCUGAUGUUGUUGAUGUUGUGAAAUAGAGUAUAGAUUUCAUCCUAAUAUGAACUGAUGUCACAGAGAAUGUUAUGAAAGCAAUAAAAUAAUCUCUGUUUACUAUA